AUGGCCGGUGGAAACCCCAAGCACUUCAACCUUCAGGACGACCCUUUCGAGCUCUUCCUCCUCGGAGACGGCGAGAAGAAGAUUGAAGAGAAGGUUUACUCUGGCAUGUCUAACACCUCCGAUUUCGUGCUCAAGAAGGAGGACCACACCCUCGGUAACCUUCUCUCCGAGCAUCUCAAGGCUCAUCCUAAUGUCUACAUGGCCGGAUAUAAGAUUGCUCACCCCAACGUCCCGGAGCUCUUCAUCCGUGUCCAGACGGAUGGCACCAUCACGCCCCGCGACGUGUUUACGUCCGUCUGUGAGAAACUCAUCAACCAACUCGAGAUGCUGCAUCAAGAGUUCACACGAGAGUGGGAGCUGAGACGUAUCACCAACACAGGAGAGCAGGGCAAUAUGCAGAAUGGUCACUAA